AUGUCGUCAAAUAAACAGAAAGAUGAGGGGCAUCCAAAUACAUUGCCAAUACCCACAAAAACUCAAGAGGAGUUAAUUCAUGUAAUCCAGACGUCUUUAUACAAUAUAGUUACACAAGUAAAUAACCUGAGUAAAUGUGCUGAAGAUAUAAUCGACAAAAUACACAUAGAGGUUGACAGGCUCUCUUUCAGAGUUACAGUUUUGGAAGAACAAGUAAUCCAGUUGAGGAAUAGUAUUACCUACAAAGAUCAACAUGGAGAACUGUCCUUAAAAAUUACAAAAUCAAAGAUGUUUCAAAGUACAACUAUUCAAACACAGCAGGUAUACUCCUCCAAGCAAGUACCUGUUAAAAUGUGUGAAAGGCAUGAUACUCAUAUACUGACAUUACCUAUGAACAGGUCUUCUCCUUUUUGCCCAGAUGAUACAGGAGGUUUAGAAGUGUCUCCUGAUGCUUCAUACUGCUUUGAACUUUAUAAAGAAAAGACUGUCCCUGGGAGUGAAGAAGAGAAGGGGGCAAAGCACAAGCAAAAGCAGCACAAAGAUCACCCCAAUAAACCAGCAAGUGUGCCUCAGACUCAACGAAUGGAAGACAACAUUUUGGUGUACCAUUACCCAGCUGUUUUCAGUGAGGCCUCUUGUUCAUAUGUGGAUGAACCAAAUGAAAGUUCCUCAUUUUCCAGUUUCCCACUGUGUGAAAUCAAUCAACUUGUAACGAGAGCUGUAAGAAAGGCGAUAUCCACCUCUCACUCUAUGCCGAUGCAUGGAUCCAGAGAGAUGAAAAAUUCAAUUAUGUAUGUUAGAUACGGAACUGGAAGGGGAGAAGAAUUGAAACCCCAACCUCAAACUCAUCCUAAAACAAAGGUGUUUGUGAGCCCUACAGCUCCAGCCUCGGCACCGGCAUUGCCAGCUGAUUGGUUAGCUGCAUUAAAAGCUUCGAAGGUGGAAACUCCUUCCUCAAGCAUAGAACUCCCAACUCAACUUCCACCACCUGUUUUGGGAACCCCAGCAGCAACAUCUCCUGCUGCUUGCCUCCCAGGUGCUCCUGAUGGAGAUGUUCCAGUUACUCCACCUAAAGGGGACUUCUCUACUCUGGCAUCAGAACCUUUUCCGUAUUAUGAACUGACAACAGAUGAUCUACUCACACAAGCUGAAUAUCAGGGCAUGCCUCCACCUCUCUCUCCUUCUACAGUCAGCUCACCUAGUGUUCAAACAAGGGCCACAGUUACACAUCUCAGUGGCCCUAUGUCUGCUGCACAAUCACCAACACCUUCAGUUACAAAAUUAUCAAUGUCUUCAAUUUCAUCAUCACCAAGAUCUUCACUUUCAUCAUCACCGAGCUAUUGUAUCCCACCACCCAGAUAUCCAGCUACACCAUUGCCAAGAUCAUCAACUCCACAAAAUUCAAGUCCACUCUCAUCAGUCUCUUCAUGUCCACAAACAUCAAGAUCUUGGAUUCCAUCUCCAAGAAAUUCCCUUUCCCCAUCCACAGGAAGUUCAGACACCACACAGUCAAGAUGUUCAGAGGCACAGCCAUCAAGACCUUCAGCUGCUCAGUCACAAAGGUCUUCAGUGGCACAAUCAACAAGGUAUUUGAUUCCACCCCAAUGCAACUCUUCAAGUGUGCAGUCAGCAAAAUCUUUCACUGUACAGUCUUUGUUUUCUUUCAUACAAUCGUCUUCUAGCAUUUUAAGCUUACCAGGUCUGUCAGUGACCCCAUCUGCACCAGCUCCAGUGAAUGCUUCCCUCAGGCAGACUCCACCAGAUCUACCAGUAAUCACUAAAGUAAAGAAUGCACUGAUGGAAGCAAUAAUAAAAGGUAUUCUGCUCUACAAUACUGAAGAUCACUGA